AUGAAAACUCUGUUUUUGAAAUCUUCAAAUCGUCACUAUCUUAGUGCCCUUCAGAGUAUUCCAGGAGUCACAGUAUCUCAUUCACAAAAAUGGAGGGAUUUCAAUGGUCAUAUUGGGUCGACUACUGGUGGCUAUGGAGAGAUGCAUGGCGGUUUCGGUUAUGGGGAUAGGAACGGAGGAGGUACUUCGUUGUUAGAUUUCGCUAAGGCUUUUGAGAUGGUGAUUGCGAACUCUAGUUUUUCGAAGAGGGAGGAACAUUUGAUUACUUUCCAAAGUGUGGUGGCAAAGACUCAGAUAGACUAUCUUUCCCUCAGGAGGUGCGAUACAGGGUUGUGCAAGGAUUGCAAGGUUAUUCCGGGUAAGACCCUCGCGACGCAGCAUAGGCUCUUGGACAUCGGUAUCAGGGUAAAAGGUAAGAAGAGGGAGACAGCAAGAGAGGUGCUUGGGGUAUCGAAGGGUUACUCCGGCGGGCACAAAGGUGACUGGUGGUGGGAUGAAGUGGUUCAAGGUAAAGUGGAAGCGAAGAAGGCGGCGUAG